ACUUAUAUAUAAGAAGCAAGACAGGUAGCAGACUCCCUCUCCCAUCAUCUCAAAGCAGCACCACCACCUCCUCUAUCUACCACAAGCGAAGUUCCUCUCCAGAUAACCUUUUUACGCACCGAAAAUGUUCACCCUCCCCCCAACAAUGCGCGCCUGGACCCACAUCAACCCCGGCGCCCCCUCCACGGUCCUCACCCUCGCCCCCACCCUCCCCGUCCCCACCCUACUCACCCCAACCUCCCUCCUCAUCGCCAUCUCCCACGCGUCCCUCAACCCAGGUGGCUCCAUCUUGAUGGCUCUCUACCCCGCUGUCUUCCGCAAGAAACCGUGUAUCCCCGAACUGGAUUUCUCGGGCACAGUUGUGAGGGUUGGCGAGGGUGUGCCUGCUGAGCGGGGGUUGAAGGAGGGUGUGGAGGUGUUUGGGUCUAUACCCGUCGGUCAGCAUGUUGGGAAAGGGGUCGGCGCGUUGGCGGAGUUUGUUGCUGUUGAACACACUUCCGUUUUUCCCAAACCGGCUACUAUUGGUUUUGAGGAAGCGGCGGGGCUGGGCGUGGCGGGCGCUACUGCGUUGUGUUUGGUGGAUGCGGCGGGGUUGAAGGUUGGCGAUCGGGUGCUGGUGAAUGGUGCGAGUGGCGGAUGUGGGCAUCUGGCCGUGCAGCUGGCGAAGAAUGCGGUUGGGGAGAGUGGGAAGGUUGUGGCGGUUUGUUCGGGAAGGAAUGCGGAUUUCGUGAAGGGGUUGGGUGCUGAUGAGGUAAUCGACUACACCGCCCACCCCUCCCUCCCCAUCCACCUCUCCACCCUCCUAAUCGACGCCCGCGGCUCCCAACCCCUCUUCACCCACUCCCGCUCCUACCUCCACCCCGACGGCCCCUUCGUCUCCGUCGGGAUCGCACCAACCUCCUACGCCUACCUCCCGAUGUUAUCCGCCCUGGGCAAGAUGUUGGGGAACAAUAUGCGGCCGAGGGUUCUUGGGGGAGUGGGCAGGAAGCAUGUGCAGGUUGCGGCGGUGUCGACGUUGGAAACUUUGGAGAGGUUGGGGGGGUUGGUGGGGGAGGGGAGGGUGAAGGUUGUGGUUGGGGAUGUGUUUGGGAUGGGGGAUGUGUUGAAGGCAUAUGAUCUCAUGCUCAGCAAACAUGCUAGGGGAAAGAUCGUUGUCAAGGUCGCAAACUGAUGAGCUUCAGAUGUUUACCAUCUUCCCCCAAUGCACCGGUGCGUUGCUAUUUGUGCCAAUGGAUGAAGAAAUGUCGUACCGCCAGUUUUAGUAUGGUCUGGCGGAUUGGCAAAGCCCUGUUCAUAGUUCUCACCGAGCUUGUCGCUUCUCAUCGAGAUUGUUAUACCGGCGUAUCCCCAUCAGACUUCUAAUUUCUGCAUGAUAGCCUUGCACUACUUUGUCUUGUCACCCCACUGCAUGAAAAAGGUUACUUGCGACCAUUGUCGUCGUUCAUGAACGUCCUGGGUGUGUAUGUGCAUCAUUGGAGUUUCCAUG